AUGGAUGACGACAUGACAGUCCCACGGGUCCCGCGUAGGACAGCUAUGGCUUGUCAAUUUUGCAGAGGUUGUCGCAAGCUAAAAUGUGAUGGAAGUCGACCUAGUUGUGGUAACUGCAACCGCCGGGGCUAUCCCUGCGUCUAUACCCCUGUGUAUGACAUUCUAUCUCAUUCAAGGCAGAACUCCUUUAAUCACUCUUUCCAGCGGUUCGGAACAGCAAAAAUAGCCACAUUGCUAUAUACUUCUCGCAGGAUGCGUUUAUUCGCCUCGUGCAAUUCUCGUUUUCGUGGCUAUAACUUUCUUCGUCGCGGAACAUUCUUCCGGCCGAUUCCGCUUCUUCAAAUCGUACAAUGA